UUUAACUCUAGAAAUAUCCAAAUAAUAAGUCACCGAAUUAGCUCCUGCUACCGCAUCAUACCCAUCUUGCGCCUUGUAACCCUGGAAAUUUGCAUAUUGGCCAAAAAUUAGACUAAAAUAAAAAAAAGUUGGCUAGAUAAUGCACCAAAAAUCUUUGAUCAAACUAUUUUUCAUCUUGAUAUUUUAUUAUCUUCAGGGAAUCACCGCUAGUAAACCGAAACAUGAAGAACGAUUAAGCAGAGCGAUACUUGAGUUUGGAGACGAUUCUAUCCAGACUGCUUUAGCCAGAGGUGAAUAUUCGUUAAUCUAUUUUUAUAUGGAUGGAUGUAAGUAUUGUGGAGAGUUUGAACAAGAGUUCAAUUUUCUCAGUAUGUUAUACAAUGAUAAAGCAAUCAAGUCACCCAAAUUUCAAGUAUUGAAGACGAAUGGUAAGAAGAACCCUAGAUUGAAUCAAUUAUUCAAAAUUCAAAUGUACCCUAGUUUAAGAUUGCUUAAUCGCGAAACAAAGGAGAUCAUUCAUUACAAUAAGGCCGAUCGUAAUAUUGAAAGCUUAAUUGAGUUUAUAAAUGAAAAGGUUGAAGGAGUUGAACCAAACUUUGACAAUGUGGAGACUAAUGUGUGUUAUAUAACCAGCGAAGAUUCACUCAGUACUCUCAUACAUAAUGGGAAAGAUACCAUUAUAGCUUUCAUUGCGGACUAUUUCAGGGAUUGGUCUGACCAUAACUAUCCUUCACAUUUUUACCAAAAAUUAAGCUUGGAAGAAGAUUACAAUUUGGAAUUUGCAAUUGUAGAUAUUGAACAUCCUAAUGUUAAUAGUAUAAUUGCUAAAUUUCGUAUUAGUAACUUCCCAUCAAUAAUCUACAUAGAUAGAGAAGGUAGAAUCAGAACAUUACAGACAUUAUCCCAAAACCACUUAACCAACGACCGACUCGAAGAAAAUCAAGUCAUUAAUUUUAUAAAUGAUAAGAGUAGUGGUGAAGGGUAUGAAAAUUUAAAAGAUUUACAAACAACAAUUGAUAGCCAAGAUUUUACUUAUGAUGGCUUCAAACAGCAGAAGAUGUAUGGUUUCAACUUUGGGAAACAUGAAGCUCUAAGUGAAAACAUCGAUAUCAACAACGAGUAUGAUGAGCUUAUGAAUGAACUCAAUUUAUAGAUAGAAUAUACAUUUUUGCAGUUCUCACGUGAUCGAUUGCUUGUACAGCGUGUACCAUUCACCGAUUUGGAAGAACGGGAACAAAAAAAAGAAAACAGUAAUGAACUUUCACUCUUGAUAAUCACCAGUCCCUGCAUUAAGUUAGACCUUAAUUGACGAAUUGAUAUCUAAAUAAGAUUAUUAGGAUGAAUAUUUUUCGAUUUUUCGGAGACCUUUCUCAUUUGGCC